AUGCCACGGAAGGGAGGCAAAGCCGCGAAGCUGUGGUCGCUCCACCCAAACCUUCAUGCUGACGUGACACGGUUGUUAGACGAGGAAGGGCUUCAGCUAGAAUUCUUGGAUGUCGAUGAUGAAGAUAUCAACAUUGAGGAAAAGGACACGAACGUUAUGGGUCGAUUCAUAUAUCAAAAUCGCGGAUCGAUUACAAUUCGCAUGUACUCCCAAGAGCGAUAUAAUGCGCGAGUGUAUCAUCAGCGAUGCAGAAAUUGCCGAGCCGUGGGUCGACUGAUCCUAGAUUCUGAGUGCUAUGCGGAAAGAAGCAGAGGUCCGCAUGAUAGUGAGCUGUGUGAAGGGUGUAGAGUUGGCCAUUGCCCCAACUCGAAUGAAGAUUUAGCGUCGGUGCUGGCUAGGUAA